CACACUCUUGUGCUCAGGGUCUUAUCUCUUGUGGAUAUCCCUCCCUAUAAUUAUCCCCGCUAUAAGAAGUACGGUCUGAUCAUUCUUACUAUCUAACAUGGGAUGCUGUUGAUAUUAUCAGACAUUCUUCUCCCCUGCAUUUGUUAUCUUCGCCCCUUAGGCUCAACCGCGGACCGCCCGACCUCGGUUCCGGUUCCUGAUAUACACCCAAACACGACGACUCUGAAUAUCGCAACAUCUCAUCCAACGACAGUCACAUCAUGACAUUAAAUACAGUCGCAUUGGGUGUCUCCCUUACGCCUACCGUUGUCGCGACCUUGGUCUCUCACUAUCUGCAUCGGAAAUCCCAUCGCACGAAACCCACCGUCCACAUCUCCUACGACGAGGCAAUCCAGGUCAUUCGUCAAUUCCUCAACUAUGCUGCCAAGCACACCGUCGAGGAUAUCCAGGCGUUCACAGCCCAACGGGUUCCCGCCCCUCAUUGGGUGAAGACAACCAAGGUCGUCAUUCCAGAAAAGUACCUUUCUUCUGCUGCGACCGCUCUUAUCAAGCAACUUGGUCCCAAAAGUAUAGCGCGAGAGUGGAUCGAGAUGAAGUCGGACUACCAGGAGAGGAAACGCACCAACGAUCAUCCGAACGGGAAGCGCAUCAUGUUGUAUCUUCACGGCGGAGCCUACUUUUUUGGCAGUGUGGAGACCCAUCGGUAUCAAUUGCAGCGUCAUGCGAGAAAGCUCAAGGGACGACUAAACCUACGAAUAGCGGAAUAUCGUCUAGCACCGCAGUUUCCCUUUCCCUGUGCCCUACAGGACUGUUUGGCGGCUUAUCUGUUUCUUCUCAACGAACACGAUCCGACAGAGAUCAUCUUUGCAGGAGACUCCGCAGGCGGUGGAAUCAUCCUUUCGAUGUUGGUCACCAUUCGCGACCAAGGACUACCGUUGCCCGCGGGAGCGAUCCUAAUCUCGCCCUGGGUGGAUCUUACCCAUUCUCUUCCCAGUGUGCUAUCGGAAAGUCCAGGUGACUACAUCCCACCGAAUGGGUUCCGAUACAAGCCCUCCGCAGCCUGGCCGCCUCCAAACGCCGACGAAAUUCGCGCGAUCAAGAACGCAAAGCAGAAGUCACCAGAAAGCGCCGUGGAAGAAGCCGUGCCAAAAGAGGACACCCGGGCUCAAGAGACAGCGGUGAAGGGAUACACAGUCGAGAAGGACGGGUCAGGUGGGACAGAACCGACUCUGGCGGCUCUCCGACAUUCAGAGGAAGACGAGACGAAGGUCAUCGAAAUCCCUAUUGACGGUCAUACAGUCGUACUGAAAGACCAGAUUCAAAUGUACGCCCCGAAUCACCUCAUCUCUCACCCACUCGUCUCCCCGGUACUUCAGCCGUCGCUCGGCGGUCUGCCCCCGCUGCAGAUCCUCGUCGGGGGAGGGGAGCGGUUAAGGGACGAGCAGUUUUACACUGCUCACAAGGCCGCAAAUCCGACAGCAUAUCCACCCAACGACAAGACUCUUGACGAGUAUGAUCCGAAACGUGAAAUCUUACAUAAAUAUCCUGGCACGCAUGUUCAGCUGCAGGUAUGGGACGAUCUCUGCCACGUUGCCCCGACCCUUAGCUUUACGCGUCCGGCCAAGUACAUGUAUCGAUCGAUUGCUCAAUUCGGUGCCUGGGCUCUUGCAUGUUCCCAGACUUCGGAGAUUGCUAUCCUCGACGACAAUGAUAUCUCCCCCAUCACCUCCUCCAGUGAAACAGACGCUCGCGAAGCAGAGACCAACGGUGAGAACAAGGGUAGCUCAAGACCGCCCGUUGCGUCCGUCGGCAGGGCUGGUGAUCCACUGCCUGCAUUUAAAGAUCGUAUGAUCCGCCAAAGAGUGGACAAAAGAGGACGCAUAUAUGCGCUCGAUCCCCCAUCCUCCUAUUCCGUCCUGCAAUUCCCGCGGGAUAAAAUCGGCCUAGCGAACCCGGAGCUGGUCCGGAAAUGGAUGGCCGCAAAGGAGGAGUGGGAUAAAAAGUUUGCCAAGGACAAGCUGCGAGUGCAGAAGCAGCGGAUGGAAGAGUUGGCCCAUGGAUUCCAGGACUUUGAUGGGGAUACUGCUCCCCCAAGCUCCUUGGCGGCAAGAAGACUGGCUCCGGGUGUUUUGCCUCAAAAGGGCGGAAAGGAGCGGAAGAGCUACCAGAUGACCAUGUGGAGUCGGAUGGCUAGCAAGCAUGAUAAGAAGACGCUCGCCAGAGAACAGGAGAGGCAGAAGGAAGAGGGUCGUUCGAGGCUGACGAGCGUCGACGCUGGACGAGCAUGGGCGUCCAUGGAUAGACCGAGAUCUCGCGAUCAUGUCGAGUCGUUUCCGACCGAGGGGCCCAAAAAGGAUGCACAGGUCAACGGAGGGGAAGCACCUGAAGGUCGGCGAGAAGACCAGGCACUAUCUAACGGCACUCAGCACGAUACCAACCAAUCUGAAGUCUCGCGUCCGGCAUCGUCGAAUUGGGCAAAGUCCGCCAGUCCUAUGAUCGUCUUGCCCGAUUACGAGAGCAGGCAGUUCAACGCAGAUAAUGCCAGCACGACGACUUUGCUGCAUGCUGCUGGAACCAUUCCUGCUCGAUCCGAACAGCCUCGGCCUGUCUCUCAGGCCGGUUCCGGGACGAUUCGCAGCGCCAUGACCGCCGACCGAGAAGAUGCCAGUAUCCUCGACGAUGCAAGGUCACUAGCUGUGACGACGAUAACUGCGCUGGACAAUGCCAGUACCCGGGCCGUCCGUAAUUCCACUGGAGUCGUCGGCGUGGUCAACGAUAAGAACUCGACCAAUGGUUCUGUCGAGACGUUGUCUGCCCCUCAGCAGUCUGGGGAUCUGGAAUCUUUCUAUUCGGUCAAUGCGAAUUCGGGGGAUGACGCUCAUUCUGUCCGCGCUCGCCCGGAGAUGCCUGAUCGGGAGGUGUUCAAAACUGCGGAUGAGCAUCUUUGAUUUAAAUAUAUAUGGCCUUUAUAACAUCAUGUUCUGUAUACCUGUCCUAUUGUUCCAUGUUUUGAUAGAUUUUUGGUAUCUCCGAGAUUCCCAAUACAGUUACUCGACGUGAGCAUUUUGUAAAG